AUGGCAAUUAGACUCCUCCUCCACCUCCUCCCCUUCCUCCUCCUCCCCCUCCUCCACUCUCCGGCCGCCGCCCAUAACAUCACCCGCAUCCUCGAGGACUUCCCCGACUUCUCCACCUUCAACAGCUUCCUCACCGAAUCCACCGUUGCCAACGAGAUCAACCGCCGGCAGACCAUCACCGUCCUCGUCGUCGACAACUCCGCCGCCGGCGCCCUCUCCUUCCUCGACAGUGACACUCUUAAGAGUGUCCUUUCCAUCCACGUCAUCCUCGACUACUACGACAAAGUCAAGAUCCACUCCCUCCGCCGUCAGUCCACCUUCUUCACCACCCUCUACCAGACCACCGGCGUCGCCGAAAACAACAUGGGCUUCCUCAACUUCACCCGCCUCCCCGACGGACGCCUCGCCUUCGGCCCCGGCGUCCACGGCGCGCCCCUCAGCGCCACCUACGUCAAGCAGGUUGCCACCAGGCCCUACAACAUCUCGGUACUCCAGAUAAGCGGCGCCGUCGUGCCGGCGGGCAUCACCGAAGCACCGCUCGCGCCCUUCGGCCCCCCCAUCAACGUCCAGCCGGAGAUUCUCGUCCCGUCGCCGGCCCCUUUGGAUGAGGACUCGGAAGCCAACUCGCCCGAUGCCGACGCUCCCGGGCCCGAUGCUGACGCGCCGGCGGCGGAUUCGCCGGCGCCUGCUGCAGACUCGCCGGGGCUAGCUCCGGCCGGCGACUCGGAUGCGCCGGCAACAUCGGAAGACGACGCCAAAGACGACGACGAGAAAUCUUUGGCCGGUCGGGUCGCCAGCGUCGGCGCAGGGCUCAUCGUGGUGACCGCCGGCGCGCUCUUGCUAUAA